GCGCCCUCAGUUCCUGGUAAGAAGUGUCAUUAACUGUAUAUAAGAGCUGGUGUUUCUCUGGUUCAGGACGACUGAAGCUACAGACGCUGAGAAGGAAGAAGAGAAGAUCGUUCUGCAGCAGGUAAUCAUCAUCUUCAACAUCUGCAUCAUCUCCACCAUGAAGACGCUGACUCUGUCUGCACUUCUUUGUGCCAUGAUGGCUCUGACCAGAGCUGCUGCUCUUCCAGAUGCAGAGGCUGGAAAUCGGACUGACUUGUUCACUCCAACAGGAGGGAGUCAUGUUGUCAAGAGGGCCACAUCUUGUCCCAGUGGCUGGAUUCCUUUCAACGGUCGAUGUUACCUCUAUGUUGCGCAAAUCAUGAUCUGGGCUUUGGCUGAGAGAAACUGUCACUCUCUGGGUGGAAACCUCGCAUCUGUACAAAACUCCAAGGAGUUUGGUGUGAUUCACAUCAUGUCGACAUCGAGCAUCACUCAAAAUCAAGUUGUAGCGUGGAUUGGAGGGUCUGAUGCACAACAGGAGUCACUGUGGUUCUGGAGUGACGGAACGCCUUUCCACUUUACUCAGUGGUGUAAUGGACAGCCUGAUAACGCUGGUGGUCGUCAGAACUGUCUUGGUUUUACUUUUAGAGAUCAGAGAUGCUGGGAUGACUUUGCUUGUGAUGCGCAGCUCCCAUCUAUCUGUGUCAGAGAGGACAGAUAAAAACAUGAAGAACCUCGUCUCUCUUUGAGCCACCAGUCUCAUAUUUAACCUGAAGGCUCUAAAUCUCAUUUCACAUCUUUAUUUCUUCUCUAUCGCUGUAACACUACUUAAGGA